GACGCAAUAGGGUAGCGACAGCCCAUUCGGUUGGUGAUUCAUCCAGUAGUAAUGGCUCAGAUCUGUGGAUUAAAACCUUCCGACAGCAACAAACUAAUGGAUUAACACAACACAAAUAUAUAUAUUCCUUUUUAAACUGGUUAAUAAACCGAGAAACAAUGAAGUUGGUUCAUAAAGACAUCGAGAAAGACAAUGCCGGUCAGGUGACCCUGAUCCCGGAUGAGGCGGAGGAUAUGUGGCACACUUACAACUUAGUGCAGGUCGGCGACAGUCUGAGAGCCUCGACCAUCAGGAAGGUGCAGACGGAGUCGUCCACCGGCAGCGUGGGAAGCUCGAGAGUCCGGACGACUCUCACCAUCUGCGUCGAGACCAUCGACUUCGACUCGCAGGUGUGCCAGCUACGGGUCAAGGGCACCAACAUCGAGGAGAACCAAUAUGUCAAGAUGGGGGCCUAUCACACCAUCGAGCUGGAGCCCAACAGGAAGUUCACACUUGCCAAAAAAGUUUGGGACAGCGUAGUUCUGGACAGAAUCGAGCAGGCCUGCGACCCAGCACAGAAGGCGGACGUGGCUGCGGUGGUGAUGCAGGAGGGCCUGGCUAACCUGGUGCUGGUGACGCCGGCCAUGACGCUCCUGAGGGCCAAAGUUGAGGUUACGAUCCCGCGCAAGAGGAGGGGCAGCUGCGCCCAGCACGAAAAGGCGCUGGAGCGAUUCUACGAAGCCGUCAUGCAGGGAAUCCUCCGACACUUCAAUUUUGAUGUGGUGAAGUGUAUUCUGGUGGCGAGUCCAGGCUUCGUUAAGGAUCAGUUCAUCUCCUACCUCUUUAAAGAAGCAGUCAGACAGGAGUGCAAGGUUCUGCUGGAGAACCGGCCCAAGUUUAUGUUAGUGCACGCCUCAUCCGGACACAAGUACUCCCUUAAAGAGGUUCUGUCUGAUCCCGCCGUCACCAGCCGUCUGUCCGACACUAAGGCUGCUGGUGAAGUGAAAGCUCUGGAGGAUUUUUAUAAAAUGCUGCAACAUGAACCAGACCGAGCUUUCUACGGGGUGGCACAUGUGGAAAGAGCAAGUGAAGCUUUAGCCAUCGACAUCCUGCUGAUCAGUGACCAGCUGUUCAGACAUCAGAACGUAGCUACCCGGAGCCGAUACGUCCGGCUUGUGGAUAACGUGAGGGACAGCGGUGGAACCGUCAGGAUCUUCUCAAGCUUGCACGUUUCUGGAGAACAGCUGAAUCAGCUGAGCGGCGUGGCGGCCAUCCUGCGCUUCCCCAUCGCUGACCUGUCCGACGCCGAGGAGGGGAACAGCAGCUCGGACGAAGACUGACGUGAACGUCCGACCGUCUCAGACUAGAUGAAACGAAACAUCCUGAAGAUCUCGUACACAAUCGUUAUAAUCACAGUAAUGAGUAAUGUGCCUUUAUUGGUUGUGAUGGUCACAUGAUCUCCCUAACUGGUGGACUGAUAUAUCAGUAUAUGCAUCAGACAUCAGGAUAUAGCGAAAAAACCCAAACAAUCGAUACUGAAACUAUUGGAACUUACAACAAUAUAAAAAAUCUGAACUCUUACUUUAAAAAGCCCGUUUAAAAAGUUCAUUUCUGCCACCUAGUGAAGACAAGCACAAAUAAAAAUCUACAUUUUAAUUUUACAUUAGUGUUUUUUUUAAAUUGAUUAAUGAGCUUGCAAGCAGGGAAUUGGGCCCUUGGGAACCUCCCAACGUAGCUCUCGAGUUCAAAUCUCAAAGCUCAUAAUAAAUACAAUUAGCCGUGUCUGAGGGAGGGUGGCUCAGAUAGGAUUCCUCUUCGUUACCUCUGCAUGUCUGACCGAGCAUGACUCUGUAUGUGUAACGGCUCUCUGUGAGAAUCUCGUUGGACGGCUGCCCUCGAUUUCACACAUUUCCGAGGAGGCAGGUGCUAGUCUGCAGCCCUCUUUGGCCAGCACUGAACUUUGCAAAGCCUUGUUUUCUCCUUCAGGUGGCACAAAUGAGCUUCAGUACCACCCAGCCAUCAGGCAAAAAAAAAAUAAUUGCAUAAGCUCAUUAUUAAGAGGGUUUGCUGAUCUGGAGCUUCAAUCUUUGGGUGCCAAAUGAAAAAAUAAAUGAUAAAAGUCGUUCAGAUAAUGUAGGUUUGUUUUUAUUUGGAUUGUAAAUAUGUUUCCUUCAAUUAAACAGCUUCAGCAAAAUGCAUAAAUGAAA